AGCAGGAAUGUGGAGACUCUCAGCGCCCUGUUAAAACUCCCUUUGCCUCAUGCCCGCUUGGAGAGCCUUUCUUUUUUCUUUUUCUUUUUUUUUUUAAAUACAUAAGCUGGAAGGUAACAGUGGGCAGAAUCAUCACACAAGACGGGCUGAGCUGGAGUCUGUGCUGUUACUGGAUUGCUCAACGCUUGUGUCACCAGGAGGCUGGACUGGUCGGGCGGAGUGUUUGAGCUCAGAGCUCGACAUCAGUGGAGCGCACUCACUCUCAACCUCUGUGAGUGAGGCGGUCUCUUUCUCUCUCUGUCUCUCUCUCUUUGUCUGUCUGUCUUUUCCCUUCUUUCUCUGUCGGGGCUUUUCAGGAUUGGAUUUUUUUUUUCCUCUCCCUCCUCACUGAAAGUAGCUCUGAAGCAGCACCCAGAGCAGGACGUUGGAUUCACUGGUCUCAGAAGUCUCCGACGGGAAGAAAUGGAGCGCACAGUCGGCAUAUUCUGCUAGGACGCAUCUUGAACAAGUGGACUCCCUCUCUCUUUCUGAAUCUAAUUUUGUCCUAAAUGGUGAAUCGGCCCUUCAGGAUGAACUUGCAGUGCAGCAGCCCGGUGGCUCCCUGCAUCCGCAGAGUCGCCCACAAGCGCCUGGACUCGGACGACCAGCCGCCGGCUAAAUGCGCGAGGCUGAGCGCCGAUUCGGGGGACCCGCAGGGACUCCUCGGCACGUCCCCCAGCUCCCCGGUCAGCCCCGCAGCCAACCCGGUCCCCGCCACCCACCAGGGACCGUCCAGGAUAGGAGCGUUCCUGCUGCUGCCCCUGGCGGACCGGGAGAGCCUCCACGGCGCGAUGAACACCGACACCGGCGAUGAGCUGCUGUGCAAGGUGUUCGAUAUGGGGGUGUACCAGGAGAAGAUCAGAGCCUACGGCGUUCUGCCACCUCACAGGAACGUGGCUGGCAUCAGGGACAUCAUCCUGGGGGAGCGCAAGGCCUACGUCUUCCUGGACAAGGACUUUGGGGACAUGCACACCCUUGUGAAGAGCUGCAGGCGACUGGACGAGGAGCAGGCCCGCAGACUGUUCCGGCAGGUGGUCCUGGCCGUGGCGCACUGCCACCAGGCGGGUAUCGUGCUGGGCGACCUCAAGCUGCGCAAGUUUGUCUUUGCGAAUGAAAAAAGGACACACGUGAGACUAGAGAGCCUUGAGGACUGCCGCAUCCUUGAGGAUCCCAACAAAGACUCUAUGUCAGACACCCACGGGUGCCCUGCCUACGUCAGCCCUGAGAUCCUCAGCGGCUCAACACCGUACUCCGGCAGGAUGGCUGACAUGUGGAGCCUGGGGGUCAUGCUGUACACCAUGCUGGUGGGUCGUUAUCCCUUCCAUGACCCGGACCCGGCCACUCUGUUUUCCAAAAUCCGCAGGGGCCAGUGCUGCUUGCCGGAAGGCUUGUCGCCGAAGGCCAAGUGUUUGCUCCAGAGCCUGCUGAGGAAAGAGCCUUCAGAGAGACUAACGGCAGCCGAGCUGCUUGCUCACCCGUGGUUCCACCUGCCGCUGUCGCCCCAGGAUGUAGCGUCGGGUGAGCAGGAGGCGAGCUCGGCGGAACAGACAGUGCCAUCCUUUGAAGUGGAGGAGAACGACGAUCUGUUCUGUUGACAGACACGGUUAAGAGCCUGACUAAGAGACCAAAACAGAUCUCGUCGUCGUUUUUGUACAUUGGCACUUUUUAGAAACCUGUUUGUGUACUGGUAUGUGUACAUACAACCUCAAGCUUUCUACAGAAACUCACUGUACUGUAUUCUGAUGUCUUGUAUGUGUUACCUUGCUAAGGGCAUUGCUUACAAUGGUCAUUCAUUGUGCAGUUGUGCAUUUUAAAACAAUAGUUGGUGCUAAAAGAAAUCACAAUGAUUCAGAAUUUGUCAGAUGGUUUUUAAAAGAAUAUUCUCUGCAGGCUUCUUUGAGUGUAUCACAUGAAUUUUAAACCCCUCUCUCUCUCUCUCUCUCUUUGCUUGCAUUCAUGCACCUUCACAAAGCAUUAGCUGAAUCUUAACUGCGAUGGCCAGGGCUGUUGUUCCUCUCACUCUCUGGCCAGGCUGCGGCUGACUCAAUAUUUGACUCGAGGACAGUUUGAGCUCAAGCCCGACGUCCUCGAGCAGACAGUGACACAAAGUAGGAAAGAUGGUUAGCAAGGGACUCGUGUGUCACCCUCAGCGUGACACUACGGAGGUGUCUCACUGCCAAUCUGCCCAUGUCUGAGCGAGUGCAGAUCGUUUACAAAUCUCACACCAUGUGCAGAAGGUUGAGAAAGGCAGGAUGUUGCUUGUCACACUCAGUCAGCAAAUAAUAGUGACACCAGUUCUGAAAGAAGUUCUUGUAAAUAGCCAGCACAGUGGAGGUUUUAUCUCAUUUGUGGCCAGUGAUAUAUGUAUAAAAGAGUUGCACCGAGUGAGGAAAUGUCUGAUCGGACAGGGCAGCUGUUGCAGCCACAGCUGGGCAGGGGCCAGUAUGAAAUUCUCAUGCUAAAACACUGGUUUGAAUUUUUGUGUAUUUAGAUAAAACCUCAAUCAACUAAUCUGAUGAUUAACAUGAUCUAAAAAAAAAAGAAAAGCACUAUUAUUGCUAUUUGGAAAUAUAGGAUGAAUUCAGUUGAAUUUAAAGUGCUUAUUGUCUAUGAAAUUAUCCAUUUUGCUGCGGCCUAAUUCACAUUAGCUAGCUAUUUGCUGUGCAGCUCUUAGCUGGCCCAUUGUACAAUUUUAAAACAGCCUUACUUUGUAAGAGCAGCGGCUGCCUCUCUGUUAGGUCAAACAGCAAGGCUUGCUGUUGUUUCAAGGCUAAAAAUAUUUCCAAGCAGCAAAUUUUCUCUGUUUGUAAAAACGUGAAGCAGCCUUCUUUUGGUUGGCUGAGCCAAAAAGUGAGCAGAAGUAGGCGAAGGCUUGACUGCUCUGCUAUAUGCUAUUAUAACUGGAGAAAACUCUACCCACUCUGGUAUUUUCUCUCAAGUGGAUUUCAAUCCAUAGGAACUUAAUGAUAGGUGAUUUUCACUGUCUUUAAAUCUUAACCUUUUGAAAUCUUGGUACACCUGGAUACCAAAACUGGCCAAUGCCAGCGCUUCGGGUUUUAGGAAUAAGUCUUGUCAACCAUCACUAAGUUGUCAUGGUAGUCAGGAACAGAAAGUGCCACGUUGCAUUGAAAAAUAUAAAUUUCUCUGUGAAGUGGUCAAACCUGUUCUUUCUAGUGUCUUUGGAACAUCACGUCAGUGAUCAAACAAAGCCGAGUAGUUGCGCCUCCAUUUGCUGUGCUUCGUAAACCGAAGGAGACUGAGUUGGUCGCAGUCUGGCAAUAUACAAUGUCUGUUGAUGAGUCAGCACUUAAACUUGUCAGUAGAAACUGACUCUGACCUUGACUAAAGGACUUUCUUCAGACCAGUUCACUUCUUUACUACUACUUUUUUUUUUGUCGUCAGGGACAUGAUGUACGAAACCUAAAAGAGACAUUCAAAUUAUUUGGUUUGUGACAAAAGAAUGGAGACUUCCAAGCCUACUUCAUUCUGAUACGAUAGUCUUGACGAUGGUACUGAAUCUGGUACGUCUGAGGAGUGAUUAACCUUUAAUUUCCGGGUCAUACAGUAGCUUAUUCUAAAAAAUAUUCUCUUGUUUGCUGGAGACUGUAAGAGACUGGUGACAACUUGCAUUGUUCCUCACAAGGAAGUAAUUUAAGAGAUUUAUGAUUUUGUUGCUUUAUAUAUGUAGAGUGAGUCACUCAUAUGACGUGUAAAGUAAACUGACACGGGUGCACAAUCUCCAUAUUGCACUGUGAAUCAUGUAGUUGUGACACAACCUGAAGGCUUCGUCAGCCCCUAGCGGUUACAUGUGAGAGUUAUAUUCAGUGUACAAAGUGUGUAAAUAUGUAUAUUUGAAGUAUAUGUUGAAUAAUUGAAUAAAGAUCACAGUUUUUCAUA